CAAAGAUUGGACGCAUUCGAACCAAACCGUGUAAAUCAUUAGAAUUACUCGUGUGAAAAUGCCUGGUGAAAUCCGAACCGUUUGCAAGGUCAGCUUCGACAAGCCGGCCAAGGACCAGCCAUACCUUCAUAACAGAUGGCACCCGGAUAUUCCCUCUGCCGGAGAUAUCAAAGAUGGCGAAACCGUGAAGAUCGAGUGUGUUGACUGGACCGGUGGCCAGAUCAAGAACAAUGACUCUGCUGAUGACGUGAACAAUGUCGACCUUACCCAGGUCCACUACCUCAGCGGGCCCUUCAACGUGGAGGGCGCACAGCCAGGCGACGUGCUGCUGGUGGAGAUUAUGGACGUCCAGCCGUUCCAGGACCAGCCUUGGGGGUUCACUGGUGUUUUCGCCAAGGAGAAUGGGGGUGGCUUCCUUGAUGAGCUCUACCCUUCUGCCGCCAAAGCGAUCUGGGACUUUGAGGGCAUCUACUGCACCUCACGCCACAUCCCACACGUCAAAUUCGCAGGCCUCAUCCACCCGGGCAUCCUAGGCUGCGCGCCGUCCGCCAAGGUGCUGGCCGAGUGGAACCGGCGCGAGGGCGAGCUGAUCGCCGCCUCCAAGCUGGAGGGCCGGGACGUGGCGCUCCCGCCGCAGCCACGGUCCGCGCACGCCGGCGCCUCGGACGCCGCGCUGGCCGAGAAGGUCGGGCGCGAGGGGGCGCGGACGGUCCCCGGACGGCCGGAGCACGGCGGCAACUGCGACAUCAAGAACCUGUCGCGCGGGAGCAAAGUGUACCUCCCUGUGCACGUGGACGGGGCCAAGUUCUCGGUGGGGGAUCUGCACUUCUCGCAGGGGGACGGCGAGAUCUCGUUCUGUGGGGCGAUCGAGAUGGCGGGCAUCAUCACGAUCAACUUCAAGGUGCUCAAGGGGGGCAUGGCGGAUCUGGGCAUGAAGUCGCCCAUCUAUGUCCCUGGGCCUGUGGAGCCGCAGUUUGGGCCGGGGCGGUAUAUUUACUUUGAAGGGUUCAGUGUGGAUGAGCAUGGGAAGCAGCAUUAUAUGGAUGUUGCUGUUGCUUACCGGCAGACGACCUUGCGCGUCAUCGAGUAUCUUCGUCGCUUCGGCUACAGCGACUACCAGAUCUAUCUCCUGCUGUCCUGCGCCCCCGUCCAAGGCCACGUCGCGGGCAUCGUGGACAUUCCCAACGCCUGCACCACGCUCGGCCUGCCAAUCGAUAUCUUCGACUUUGACAUCUCGCCUGGCAAGGGCCCUGCCCAGAAGCUGGACAUGGGACGGUGUGCGUUCGUGGGGGAUGCUACGGAGGGUAAAGUCACGGCAGGUGGUAAGAACAGUGAGCAUAGCUUUGGGGGUGGGCUGACUUACAAGUCGUGAGGGAUUGGACUGCCUGAUAUCAAGGAACCAGGGAGGGAAGGGGUUGUACUGCGACUGGAGAGUGAAUCACUAUUUAUACUGAUAGGUAUAGUGGUUGUGGAGGAUAUUCGGCAUCCAAACUGCAGAUGAAUACUGUCCAACCAUCGUCAAGAAUAUAGGAUAUUCUACUAUUCAGCUCUACUAUUCAGCGAAUCUUGCUAUGAUUUCCCCUUACCCAGCCC